AUGCCUGCACACACACCCUCAUCUACCUCAUCGCUGUCUCCAUACUUUCAUUUCGACUCCACCAUGAAAUCCGACUUUAAACUCUCAAACUUGGUCGGCACUGUUUACCGAAAAGGCAAUGUGAUCUUCACGGCCGACGGUACAGGACUCUUGACUCCAGUGGGUAAUCGUGUGACCUACUUCGAUCUUAUCAACUCUAAAUCAUUCACUUUCACAUACCAACAUAGAAAGAACAUUGCUCGCAUUGCCCUCAACAAGCAGGGAACCCUUCUUCUAUCUGUGGAUGACGACGGACGUGCUAUUCUUGUGAAUUUUGUAUCGCGCGUUGUGUUGCACCACUUCAACUUCAAGGGUGUUGUGCAUGACUUACAAUUCUCCAGCGAUGGCCAUUACUUUGCAGUGGGUGUCGAUCGAUACGUUCAGAUUUGGAAGACACCCGAAUUUCUGGAAGAGCGCCAGUUUGCGCCGUUUGUGCGCCACCGGAACUACGCUGGCCAUUACGAUGAUGUGGUCAGUGUCACCUGGUCCAACGACUCUAGGUUCGUUAUUUCUACUUCUAAAGACAUGACUGCUCGCAUUUAUUCUGUUCAUACUGAGGAUAAGGAUGCCUCUAUGACACUCACGGGCCACCGUGACUACGUGGUCAGAGCAUUCUUCGAUAUCACCCAGAACAUUAUCUAUACUCUAAGUAAAGACGGUGCGUUGUUCCAUUGGGAGUAUGUCACCAAGGAGCCUGAGUCUGAGUCCGAAUCCGAGGAUGAAAAAAUGGAUGAGGAUAGCGAUAGCGACAGCGACUCAGCUGCGCCAAUCAAAAAGGCUGUCGCUGAGCCUCAGUCACAAUGGGCAAUUGCCGAGAAACACUAUCUUCAUUUGGAGAGCGUGCGUGUUGCAUGUGCUACUUUCCACGCUGCAUCUAAUCUUCUUGUCUUGGGUCUUACCACAGGAGAAUUCCGUCUAUACGAGCUUCCAUCCUUCAAUGUUCUUCAGCAGUUGACAAUGGGCCAGAAUGCCGUCGACACUGUAGCUGUCAACAACUCUGGUGAAUGGCUUGCCUUCGGAUCUGCUCAUUUGGGCCAAUUGGUUGUCUACGAAUGGCAGUCUGAGUCGUACAUUCUCAAACAACAGGGACAUUUCGAUUCUAUUAACGCCUUGUGCUAUUCCCCUGACGGCUCCCGUGCUGUCACUGCCUCUGAUGACGGUAAGAUUAAGGUCUGGGACCUCCACUCUGGCUUCUGUCUUUUUACAUUUUCUGAGCACACAGCUGCUGUCACAGCUAUAGAGUUCGCCAAAAAGGGCCAGGUUCUUUUCUCUGCAUCUCAAGACGGUACUGUGAGAGCCUGGGAUUUGAUUCGUUUCAGAAACUUCCGUACAUUCACUGCUCCACAUCGUGUGCAAUUUAGCUGCAUGGCUGUUGAUCCAUCUGGUGAAGUUGUUGUUGCUGGCACUCAUGAUGAAUUCGAAAUUUAUGUGUGGUCUGUGCAAACAGGUGCUCUUCUUGAUUCCCUUGCUGGUCACGAGGGCCCGAUUUCUUGUUUGCAGUUUGGCCACGAGAAUUCUGUUCUCGUGUCUAGUUCCUGGGACAAGACUAUUCGUGUCUGGAACAUUUUCAGUCGUUCUCAACAGGUUGAGCCUAUUGAGGUCGAACAUGAUGUUCUUGCUAUCGCAGUUCGCCCUGAUUCUCAAGAGGUGGCUGUUAGUACUUUAAACGGAAACAUUGUGUUCUAUGAUGUCGAGGAUGCUAAACAGACUCACAACCUAGACAUCAGAAAGGACGUCUUCAGUGGCAGACAUUUAGAUGACAGGUUCGAGCUGAAAAACAAUGCUCGUGCCAAAUCUUUCACAACUAUCUCCUAUUCAUUUGAUGGUCUUAGUCUCAUCGCUGGUGGUAACAACAACAGUAUAUGUCUAUACGACAUUGCCGAUGAGGUUCUACUUAAGAGGUUCGUUGUCAGUGAAAAUAUGACUCUUGAAGGUACAUUGACUAUGUUGAACAGUUCCAAAAUCACAGAUGCCGGUAUUUCCAUUGAUGCUAUAGACACGCAAGGUGAGCACGUUGAUCUCGAGAAGAGAAUAGACACUUCUUUGCCUGGCUCCACCAGAGGUGAUCCAAGUGCACGUAGUGUGCGCCCUCAAGUUCGUGUGACGUCCGUCCGCUUUUCGCCCACUUCAUCAGCUUUCGCUGCCGCCACUACUGAGGGUCUUUUGGUGUAUUCCACAGACACAGAAGUCAUUUUUGAUCCUUUCGAUCUUGAUCUUGAUGUCACUCCUCAAGGCGUUCUUGAAAGCAUCACGGAAAAGAACUGGGUUGUCGCAUUAGUCAUGGCCUUCCGUUUGAACGAGCAAAACUUGCUUGAUAGAGUGGUUGAGAAUGUUCCUCUCAAAGAUGUCAAACUUGUGUGUACUGAUUUGCCAUCAGUAUAUGUCAACAGACUUUUGGAGUACUUGGGUGAGAAGGUGAACAGGGCACAGGGCAGUCAACACAUUGAAUUCAACUUGACGUGGGUCAAGGCCACUCUCGAGAGUCAUGGUAGAUACAUUACGCUGCACAAGUACGAGUGCCAGCCUGCUAUUCGCAUGAUUCAGAGAUUCUUGGCUCGCGUAGCGAAGGACAUAGUUUCCGUCAGCAAGAAGAGCGGGUACUUGAGUGAGUACUUGCUCAAUGCAAAAAACGAGACGGCUAAUGAAGAUCAAGAGGAGGCCUUUGAAGGCUUCAGUGGAAGUGACGAUGACAACGAAGACGACAUGGAAGAAGACGUUGAUGAAGAUGACGAAGGUGAGUGGGAGGGUGGCCAGCCAAAGGGCAUGUCGGACCGCUUCACUCCCGAUUCAGAUGUUGAGGAAGAUUAG